UGAGCUGCUCUUGCGGUUAUAAACACAAAACGCAGGCAGGCGAAUGUAUUGUGGUUUUGACAGUUCUGUUUCACCAUUCACACCGGGAUAUUUAAUAAUCUAACGUCAUUUUAAUGUUACCUGUUAUCCUGCCGGAUUACUGCGGCUGUUAUUAACUACAAACUGCUGUUUUUCUGGGAUUGUCUGGAAUUAUUAGCUAGCUUCACAGCUAGCUACGGAGAAAUGACAGAGCUUAGAAAGCGAGGAAGAGGCGGGGACAUUGACAGUAACGCUACAGAAAACAUCAGUGACAAGGAGACAGAUGGAGAGGACAGAGUGGGCCCUUCCGGAGAGGUAGAAGGAGAUGGAGAAGUAGAGUCCAAAGCAGAAACCCCAGAUGUGCCACCAUCUGGAGACAACACUCCAAAAUGCCUCAGCAAAGCCUUGGAAGGACUGUCCUCCAGAUGGAAAAACUGGUGGGUUCGAGGCAUUCUAUCAUUGACAAUGAUCUGUGGAUUCUUUCUAAUCAUUUAUUUGGGACCUAUCGUGCUAAUACUGGUGGUAAUGAUGGUUCAAAUCAAGUGCUUCGAGGAAAUUAUUACCAUUGGGUAUAGAGUUUAUCGCUCCUACGAUCUUCCCUGGUUCAGGACAUUGAGUUGGUACUUUCUGAUAUGCGUGAACUACUUCUUCUACGGGGAGACGUUGGCGGACUACUUUGGCGUUUUGGUUCAGAGAGAGGAGGCGCUGCAGUUCCUGUCCCGCUAUCACCGCUUCAUUUCCUUUGCCCUGUACUUGGCAGGUUUCUGCAUGUUUGUACUGAGUUUAGUGAAGAAGCAUUACCGCCUGCAGUUUUAUAUGUUUGCCUGGACUCAUGUAACACUGCUGAUUGUGGUAACACAGUCACACCUUGUCAUUCAGAACCUGUUUGAAGGAAUGAUCUGGUUUAUUGUUCCAAUAUCCAUUGUGAUCUGCAAUGACAUCAUGGCCUACCUGUUUGGGUUCUUCUUUGGAAGAACACCCCUGAUUAAGCUCUCUCCGAAGAAAACCUGGGAAGGGUUCAUCGGUGGCUUCUUUGGCACUGUUGUUUUUGGAUUCAUAUUUGCCUACCUCCUCGCCCAGUACCAGUAUUUUGUGUGUCCGGUGGAGUACGACAGCGAGACAAACCGGUUUGCGGUGGAGUGCCAGCCCUCCGAGCUGUUUGUGAUGCAGGAGUACACCCUCCCGUCCCUGGUGCAGGAGGUCCUGAGAUGGAAAACGGUGAACAUGUACCCGUUUCAGGUCCACAGCAUCGCUCUCUCCACCUUCGCUUCUCUGAUUGGGCCGUUCGGGGGCUUCUUCGCCAGCGGAUUCAAAAGAGCGUUCAAAAUCAAAGAUUUCGCCAACACCAUUCCUGGACACGGCGGAAUCGUCGAUCGCUUUGACUGUCAGUACUUGAUGGCCACUUUUGUUCAUGUUUACAUAACAAGCUUUGUCAGGGGCCCAAACCCGAGUAAGGUGCUCCAGCAGCUCCUCGUCCUGCAGCCAGAACAGCAGCUGAACAUAUUCCACCUGCUGCAGUCACACCUUAGAGAGACGGGCAUGCUCCCAGGCCCCGACACCGAGGCUCAGUGAAGCCCCCUUAACCUCACCCGUGGCCCCUCACACAGGGGCCACACUGCCAUCUGACCCCAUGACCUUAUGACACCUCAUCACAGCCCAGUGACUUUAUGAUUUCAGUGACGAAACAGCUGCUCCAAACACCAGGAGUUACCUUGGAAACGUCAUCGGCCUUCUUGCUAUCGCAGAACUUGCAUGACGUCACAAACAGCAGGAAGCUCCACUGAGACUAUUGAUUUUCCGCAAGAGAACAUUACUAUUCCAAAGACUUUGGGUGAAUAAGAGAUGUCUUCCAGAUAACAGGAUCCAGGUUGUGGGCUACGAUGGGACUGCAGGUUCUCUGUGGAGCUGUAUCCACGUGCUAUUGCACCUAUUCUGGUUCAAGUUUAGAAAAAGAUGUUCCCCAACUGUUCUAGCAACAAGCCCUGGUGAUGCAGCUGUUGAAAUGUUUUACUGUGUAUAAGAAAUUGAAUGGAACAGAAACGGUUUCAAUUUCACAGAGAUGAAAAAGGAUCCAAACGAAAGUACUUGAAGUAGAUAUGUAACAUUACCAAGUGAAUGGCGUGGUGGUGUACUGUAGAUUAGAGUAGAGGCCUUCUUCUGUAGCUGCUGUACUUGAGCUGUGCUGUAGCUGAAUACUUGAGGUUGACUGUAGCAGGCAUGGCAAUAUAUAUUGUAAAUAUAAUACUAUAGCAACAGCACAGUCUGAUACACACUGCAUUAUGCAUGUGUGUGCAUAUAUAUGUGUAUAUAUAUAUAUAUAUAUAUAUAUAUAUAUAUAUAUAUAUAUAAAUA